UACAUUCACUACUCUUUUCACAAAUGUAUUCAAAGUUCAUGAUAAAUACUUUCUCCGUUCUAUAAUAUAAAAAUAUUUUUAACAUUACACUAGUAUAAAAAUCGUUCUUAUAUUAUAAAACGGAUGGAGUAGUAUGUAGUAUAAAUCAUUUUAAAUCACUACAUUUGUUUACAGAGUGAGUAUUUUGCAACACAAACAAUACUCGGCUCACUCAAACCAGCAAAACACGGCUCACCAUUUGCGACUCCAAAAUCCAAAUCGAAAGCUCUCUCCACCGCGUACCAACUCGACGGCCGUUGCCGCCGACGAUGUCGCGCAUCCGCCUCUGCCGCCGCUCGUCCUGCUUCCUCUGCCCAUCCUCCUUUACCUCGCCGAGUCAACGCCCCUGCUUCCGCCGCUCCUCCUACAUCCAGCCAAAGUCCGGCCUUGGCCUCCGCCACUGCUCCACCACGCCGAUGUCCCGCGUCCGCCUCCACCGCCGGCUCCUCUCCUCCACCUCGCCACCCUCACCUUCCUGGUCUCCCCGCGACGCCUUUGCCGCGGCCACAGAGCGUGUACGCGCAGGCACGCUCAGUCGAGACGACGCACACCACAUGUUCGACGAAUUGUUUCGUCAGGCCACCCCGGUCCCCGGGCGCUCCCUGAACGGCUUCCUUACCGCUCUCGCCCGUGCUACAUCCUCUUCCGCGUGCAUCACAGAUGGCCCCGCCCUCGCCCUUGCUCUCUUCAACCGCGUGUGCCGGGAGCAAGCCGGCCCGCGGGUGGUGCCGCUCACAGUCCACACCUACAGCAUCCUCAUGGACUGCUGCUGCCGCGCGCGUCGCCCGGACCUAGGGCUUGUCUUAUUCGGCUGUAUCCUCAGGACGGGCUUGAAGAUACACCAAAUCACCGCCAGCACCCUCCUCAAGUGCCUCUGCUACGCCAAUCGUACGGAAGAGGCUGUCAACGUGCUGCUUCAUAGGAUGUCCGAGCUCGGCUGUGUGCCUAAUGUCUUCUCAUACUCCAUUAUUCUGAAGGGCUUAUGCGACAAUAGCAUGAGCCAGCGGGCGCUCGACCUCUUCCAGAUGAUGGCGAAAGAAGGAGGUGCCUGCUCCCCUAAUGUGGUGGCGUAUAACACGGUCAUCCAUGGCUUUUUUAAGGAGGGCGAAACAGGGAAGGCAUGCAGUCUAUUCCAUGAAAUGACACGGCAAGGUGUUAAGCCUGAUGUGGUGACGUAUAACUUGAUUAUUGACGCGUUGUGCAAGGCCAGAGCAAUGGACAAGGCAGAACUAGUCCUUCGGCAGAUGACUACCAAUGGUGCUCAACCCGAUACAGUGACAUAUAAUUGCAUGAUCCAUGGAUAUGCCACGUUAGGGCGGUUGAAAGAGGCUGCUAAAAUGUUCAGAAAAAUGAAAAGUCGGGGUCUUAUACCAAAUAUUGUUAUUUGCAACUCGUUCCUGGCCUCCCUUUGCAAGCAUGGAAGAAGCAAAGAAGCUGCAGAAAUUUUUGAUUCCAUGACAGCCAAGGGCCACAAACCGGAUAUCGUCUCAUACUGUACUUUGCUUCAUGGGUAUGCCAGUGAAGGAUGGUUUGCUGAUAUGAUUGGUCUCUUUAAUUCAAUGAAAAGCAAUGGUAUUGCAGCCGACUGCCGUGUUUUCAACAUAUUAAUCCAUGCCUAUGCUAAACGCGGAAUGGUGGAUGAUGCAAUGCUCAUAUUUACGGAAAUGCAGCAACAAGGUGUGAGUCCAGAUGUAGUCACAUAUUCAACUGUGAUAUCAGCAUUUUCUAGAAUGGGUAGGUUGACCGAUGCCAUGGAGAAAUUUAAUCAGAUGGUUGCCAGGGGAAUUCAACCGAACACAGCUGUUUAUCACUCCAUAAUUCAGGGCUUUUGUAUGCACGGUGGUUUGGUUAAAGCCAAGGAACUGGUUUCUGAAAUGAUAAACAAAGGUAUUCCUCGUCCUGACAUUGUGUUCUUCAAUUCAGUAAUAAACAGUCUGUGCAAAGAUGGAAGGGUUAUGGAUGCACAUGAUAUCUUUGACUUGGUUACAGACAUAGGUGAGAGGCCUGAUGUCAUUACAUUUACUUCACUGAUCGACGGAUAUUGCUUAGUCGGCAAAAUGGAUAAAGCAUUUAAAAUACUUGAUGCCAUGGAAGUAGUUGGUGUUGAGACUGAUAUUGUUACUUACAGUACACUUCUUGAUGGCUAUUUUAAAAAUGGAAGGAUCAAUGAUGGUUUGACUCUGUUUAGGGAAAUGCAGCGUAAGGGAGUUAAACCUAACACUGUUACAUAUGGCAUCAUGUUGGCUGGGUUGUUUCGUGCUGGCAGAACUGUUGCUGCAAGGAAAAAGUUCCAUGAGAUGAUCGAAAGUGGAACAACAGUGACCGUUUCCAUAUACGGUAUAAUACUUGGAGGUCUUUGUAGAAAUAAUUGUGCAGAUGAAGCAAUUAUCCUGUUCCAGAAAUUAGGAACAAUGAAUGUAAAGUUCAGUAUUACAAUACUCAAUACCAUGAUUAAUGCAAUGUACAAGGUUCAAAGAAAAGAAGAAGCUAAGGAGUUGUUCGCUACAAUAUCAGCCAGUGGGUUGCUGCCCAAUGAAUCUACUUACGGAGUAAUGAUAAUAAAUCUUCUAAAAGAUGGAGCAGUGGAAGACGCUAACAACAUGUUUUCAUCAAUGGAGAAAAGUGGUAUAGUCCCCGGUUCCCGUCUGUUGAAUCGUAUCAUCAGAAUGUUGUUGGAAAAAGGUGAGAUUGCCAAGGCCGGAAAUUAUUUGUCUAAAGUUGAUGGGAAGAGGAUCUUACUUGAAGCUUCAACUACUUCACUGAUGCUGUCUCUGUUUUCAAGGAAAGGGAAAUAUCAUGAGGAUAUGAAAUUGCUCCCUGCAAAGUAUAAUUUUUUUGAUGGAUGCAGUUGACUUUGCUCUUGAUACUAACUCCUCAGAAAGUAGUCUAACACAAACUAGUUGGAACUUUAGGGGUAAUGAUUUCUGAUGGCGAUUGUGAAGGUAUACAAUCUUUCUCUAGCAGCCACCUGAGAUUUUGUAAUCUCUUUGGAACAGUCACUUUCCUUCAUAUGAAUGCAUUUAGAGCAAUGUCCUUCUCACUGAUCUGGUACAUAUGCACCGGUGGAUAUACUUCUAAUUUUUAGUGCUCAUGCUGAAGUCUCCUAUACUCUAUGCUGCCGUCAGUUGGACUGUUGGAGCUUGUUGCAUACAGGCGAAAGAAGUAUCUCCGGUCGGGUGACAGAGGAGAAGCAAUCAAAGCAUUUGAUUGAUGAAAACUUCUUGCUCUCGUACAGUUCUGGCUUCCUCAGUUCUCGGCACUACUCUGUAACAGUAAUGGCUCCAAGAGUUCAGCCUGCAACCUUUACCUUCGCUGUUCAUUUCCUCGCCCUGCAUUACCCGACGUGCUAUUGCAGAUCACAACUGCACUCUCACGGUCACGGAGAGGUGGCGCCACUGCUGUCGAGUUAGCUUGUUUUUACCUCGCGCUAUCCAAAAAUAGUUGAAGGCGAACCACUCUUAUGUUCUUCGCUCAAUCAUGGAUGAAAAACGCCACUGAGAUGUCAACCGAUAUUGAAAGGAUUUGGGGUGGAUUGGAAAGGCUCUGAAAAAGGCUUCAUUCUUGUAUGUUACCGAAACUUUGGUUAUCUAGAAAGCUAGGUUCAGCCGCAGAGCUGGCUAAGCAUUCAGCCAAAUUCCUGUUUGUAUGCAGCCUGUAAAAGUUAAGAUUUAUCAAAUUUUUAGUGGAGUUUUAUGUCUAGUCCAGUGCAUCUUUCAUUUAGUUCUGCCCAUGGUUAUGCAAUAAAUGUUUCUUUGCUGUUA